GUGCAGGAAGCAAGUGCGCAUGAGCCAUCUUCAACUAGCUAGCUCCGUGCAGCUUAGGGGAUCAAAGCUGUGUGACCCGUGCUGGCUGGAGUAGGCGUCCUUGCUCUUCGGGGCCAGAGCCUGCGCUUGGGAAGCAACUGUGCUCCAGGCUCCUGUCCUUGGCCUGGAUGAACCGUCAGAAGUGGGGGAGGCCAGAACAUCCCUGUGAACCUGUGGAGCGCCAGGCUCCAGGAACCGGCGAGGGCUGAUUGCACCAUAUUUGGGACACGAUUCAUAUUUGGGGACCGCCUUACCUCCACCAUCUCCCUCAUAGACUCUGUUUCACACAUAGGUAAAGCAGGAAGAUGUCGGAGCCCAUGGCCAUGAACCUGCUGGAGGAUUGGUGCCGGGGCAUGGGAAUGGACAUCCACAGGUCCCUGCUGGUCACUGGUAUCCCUGAGCACUGUGGCCACGCAGAAAUCGAGGAGACCUUGAAUGGGGUCCUCUUGCCACUGGGCACAUACCGUAUACUCAACAAAAUGUUUUUGAGGCAAGAGAAUGUGAAGGCUGCUCUAGUUGAGGUUAGCGAGGGUGUGAAUCUAAGCUCCAUACCCCGGGAGUUCCCAGGGAGGGGCGGUGUCUGGAGAGUGGUCUGCAGGGACCCCACCCAGGAUGAUGAGUUUUUAAAAAAUCUGAACGAAUUCCUGGAUGCUGAAGGACGCACUUGGGAGGAUGUGGUGCGCCUCUUGCGGCUUAACCCCAACCCACCACUCCCGAAUUCAAACCAGCCUCCACCAAACUGGGCAGAAGCCUUGGGGUUGCUCAUGGGCGCGGUAGUACAGGUCAUCUUCUACAUGGAUGCUGCGAUCCGUAAUCGGGAGGAAGAAGCGAGGGCUGAGGAGGCUGCUGAGGCUGAGUUGAUGGAGGCUUGGGCUUCCACUGCGAGGAGGAGAGUAAAGAAGGAACCCGGGCUGGGCGUAGAAGUGGGCUCGACUUUCAAGAUGGAGGACCGAAACUAUUGGAAGAACACAGAGGACCAUGGUGACCCUCCGAAGCCUCUAGUUCGCAGGGCUGGAGGUAAGAUUCGCUCCAGGAGAAGGAAACAGAAAAAAAAUCCUAAGCAAGAACCAAUAUGCUGGAGAAAACCCCAAGGCAGCAAUUAUAACAAGGCUAAUUUGGAAGCUGGUGAAGCUACGGCUACCCAAAGCUCAGAGGUCCCAGAGUCUGCGAAGAACAACAAAAACCCCUUUGUGAAGCAGGAGGAGACAGUUUGGAAGAAGAAAAGAGUCUGGAGGGAUCCCAACGAUUUUCCUCGGAGUGCGCUGCCCACAGCUGACAGCCCCGGGAAUCUAGAGGAUUCAGAUCAAGAUGGUGGACCUGAGAACCCCCCAAAGAAGAAAGCCAUGACCUGGGCCUCAAACAGGAUCCAUACCCCCAUGAGGAAGAAGAAGAAGAUGAGCUUGGGUGCUCUCUCCUAUGUCCUGGUUGAUUCUGAAGCCACCAAGAACAAGACGGUGAUUCCAAAGAAAGGGCCUGGUUCUACAAGAUCGGUGUCAGUUCCUCAGGGGACCCAACCUGAUGAUGCACCUGCUUCAACAUCCAGGGCUCAGAAGACCAAGCCAGGAGGCUUCCCUCGAGUCUCCAAAGGUGAAUGUGUACAGAGAUGGCUUGGUUAGUUAAAGUGGAGGUUCAAUGGGGAUGCAGAGGGGUCCACAAGUAUGGUAGGGUCAACA